GUAACGCUAAGACGGAUGUGCCGUGGAGACGUGGCGGAGGUGACUGGUCUGACAGAGUUGGAGGGCUGGAAUUACAGUCAGGAGAUAGUGCAGGCUCUCUUUGAAUGCAACGCAGAAGGGUCGUUUAUUGCCGAGUUAAAUGGGAAAGUUGUUGGUGUAAUAAUGGGGUUUAACCUGAAUGAAGAGGAAUCAUUUGGAGGAAUGUGGAUCGAUCGUCAGUCAGAAGCAACGCGGGCAGCGUGUCGGCACAAGAUUGUGGCAAAGAAGAAAAGAACACAUAGGUUUCAGGAACUUCGGCAUAUUUUCGGUCGGGGAUAGAGUUGAACCCAACAGAAAAUUGGGUUUCACUGUAGAGUCAUGGAAAGUAUGUCAUAUAUCCGGCAUCAUCGCUUUGGCCAAGUUAAAUGUGGAUCCUGACAACACCGUUUCUGUUAUCCCGUCUUAUGAUGUCCCUUUUCACCGUUUGCUUCAGUAUGACACUGAAAUCCACAGGAUUGAGCGUGGAAAGUUUCUCAGAGCGUGGCUCGACAAGAAGUUCACCUUGACCCUGGUUGCCAGCAGUAGAGCAGGAGAUAUUGUUGGAUAUGGCGUUAUUCAGCGCGGUGCCAAGUGUAAUAUCAUAGCACCACUGUACGGAGAUAGUCCAAACAUCAUCAAGACUUUACUUGUCAAGUUAAUCAGCAGAGCUAGUAAUGGGGAGGUCAUUGACAUGUGGGCGCCGGUCGGGAGUGAGGUUCUGCAGGAAUUAUUGAGUCAAAAUAAAAGUACGCUCAAGGUGCUUUAUGAGUCAACCCGAAUGUUCUUCCAUCGUGACAUGGUGGUCCCACUAGAGAAGAUUCUGGCCAUUGCGUCGGCGGAGAUCAUGCCUUGUUAAACAUCAGUGAAUCCAGUUAUAUGCAACAGAGAGCCUAAGGUACAAAGGCUGCUCACUUACAUUCAACUGAAACUGAUAAAUAAUAAGCCAACUUUACCAACUAUGACUUACACAUUCAUUUUUAAAAUGUUGUGCAGAAGGCCUUCUGAAAAUGUUGACUUUCGUUUCUAAAAGUAAUAUUUAUAUAGUUGAAAGACAAAUGUUUGUGAGUCAUUGUCCGUAUUUUAUAUCCUUGUUUCAUGAAGGUAUAUUACAAGGUGGCCCAAAAAGACUGGACUGUGUUCUUUUAAAAAUGAUGAUACAUAUCUCUGUAUACAAGGCAAAAGCUUACAUCACACAGAACUUUCAUGUCUGUAAGACAGGUCUGAGAAAAAAGAAUUGAUAAAUUUUCCUUUCAAUUGAAAAUGCUACUUUAUAAAAAGUGGAAACAUCUUUUUGGACAACCCUAUAUUACGUACAUCGUACCUGAAGCUACGGACAUAAGAUUAAGUAAUCGUUAUCAUCGGUUUAACUAGA